GUCCUACGGGUCAGAAAACGAAUUCCCAAAAUUCCCAACCACUAUCCUGUGAAGAAGUACAAAAACACACCCUCUUGAAAUCCUUCAAAAACAGAGCAAAUUAAAAAUUCACAUACAAAACAAGCCAUGGCAGAGAACGAAAUCAACACCAUGAAAAGGAGACUGGCCUCUGUGACCAACCAUAUUGCUCCCAUGAGCAUCAGUGGUUCGAUUGGGCUCUGCAAUUGCAGUGCGUCUUCUUCUUCUUCUUCUUCUUCUUCAAUGAACGAUAGAUAUCACCGAAUACACGGUGAAGUCCCGACCCACGACCCUGUUUGGAGACUUGUUGAUUGUGAUGAUAAUGGCAAGGAGUUCACCGACAUUCUCUACGAGAAAGCUGUUGGCGAACCCAUUGCUAAGAUAUCUAUCAACAGGCAGGAGCGCAGAAACGCUUUCCGUCCACAUACAAUUAAGGAGCUUAUUCAUGCAUUUAAUGAUGCCAGAGACGAUAGUUCAGUGGGAGUCAUCAUUCUUACCGGAAAGGGAACCAAAGCAUUUUGUAGUGGUGGAGACCAGGCAUUGAGAAGCAAAGAUGGCUAUGCUGAUUAUGAGAAUUUUGGUCGCCUUAAUGUUUUAGAUUUGCAGGUACAGAUUCGACGUCUUCCAAAACCUGUUAUUGCUAUGGUUGCAGGUUAUGCUGUCGGCGGAGGACACGUAUUGCAUAUGGUUUGUGAUCUAACAAUUGCAGCAGACAAUGCUAUUUUUGGUCAGACGGGUCCAAAGGUUGGAAGCUUUGACGCUGGUUAUGGAAGUUCCAUUAUGUCCCGUUUGGUCGGGCCUAAAAAAGCACGGGAAAUGUGGUUUCUGGCAAGGUUCUACACUGCUUCCGAAGCAGAGAAAAUGGGACUUGUCAACACAGUUGUCCCGCUAGAGAAGUUAGAACAAGAAACGGUUAAGUGGUGUCGAGAGAUCUUAAGAAACAGUCCAACUGCAAUUCGGGUGCUGAAAUCCGCUCUUAAUGCUGUUGAUGAUGGCCAUUCUGGACUCCAGGAAUUUGGAGGAAAUGCCACUCUGAUGUUCUAUGGAACUGAGGAAGGUAAUGAGGGAAAGACGGCAUAUAUGGAGCGUAGACGGCCAGAGUUCUCAAAAUUCCCCCGACGACCUUAAUGUUGUGUCAAUUCGUCCCAUGAAAUAAUUUCAUCUGACACGCUGACCUUCAUGAUUUAAGUGCUUCUUUGUGAUCAUUAAAAAGCUCAAUUUUUUUUAAGGCUUGGUAAACAAAGGCAGAGAGAAGAAAUCAUUUUUCUUGUUGUGUUGUAAUCUAUUUGUUUAUUUUUGUGAUCUAUAUAUGGCCAUAUUAACAAUUAAUUUGCUUA